AAAAAUGAGGGAUCUGGAACAGGAAACAUGAUCAUAAAGUAUAGAAGGUUGUGCACGGAAAGACCACUUCACGAGUUGCUACAGGCCACCAUAUCUGAAGAGGAUGCGGCGUUUGAGUAUGCCCGGAGUCUAAACAGCUUCGGUACCUUCGCACCUGUCCUUCAUGCGUCUAUCCACCUCGGCCUCUUCAAUAUCAUAGCUCGAGCAGGCCCUGCAGCAGAGCUCUCCGCACUGAAAUUGCUGCUCAACUCGCCACCAAGAACCCAGAUUCACCUUUUUAUCUCGACCGCAUGCUGCGACUCCUUGCUUGCUACUCUCUUCUCACCCGCUCUUCGAGAUCCAUUAUCCAUCGGAAAAGAAGAAGAUGAGAAGGUUGAGAGAGGCUCUGUGGACUUGCUCCCCCGGCGAAAGCCUUUGUUCCGGUGAAGAUGGAGCUGGCUUGUCCGCAUUUCCACCCAAUAAAGGAAUGAUAGAGUC